CCUUCGCGCGCCAGAUACAGGAAGUAAACAGUACUGCCAACAUCAUCGAUAAACGUCACUUUAAAAUUAAAAUUCCCUUAGAAGUGCAUAGUUUUCGAUCUACACGUGUUGAUCCCAUCAGAGAUUCUCCAUCAUGGUCGCCCAAAAGAAACAGAAAAAGGCAAUCGAAAGCAUCAACAGUAGAUUGGCGCUGGUAAUGAAAUCGGGAAAGUAUUGCUUAGGCUAUAAGCAAACCUUGAAGACAUUGCGACAAGGAAAGGCGAAACUCGUAAUUAUAGCCAACAACUCACCACCACUACGUAAGUCAGAAAUCGAAUAUUACGCAAUGUUGGCCAAAACCGGUGUCCAUCACUAUUCCGGUAAUAAUGUCGAGUUGGGAACGGCAUGCGGUAAAUAUUUCAGGACAUGUGUAAUGUCCAUUACGGACCCUGGAGAUUCCGAUAUUAUCAGAUCGAUGCCCACAGGAGAGGCGGCGGCGUCUCAAUAAUUAUUAAAUGUUUCAUUUGUAUUUAAUUUCUUUAAUAAAUAAAAUAUAAAGGAAACUUGAA